GCCAGCAGGAGUGAAAUAUUGAGAUGCAGAAAUAUGAGGGAAAAAAAAAACUAUUACGGAACGCACCUGCAGUUAAAAACACCCUUUUUAGCGUGUGAGCUGUUGUCAUAAACGGAAAAAAUUGCCUCAACAUUUUGCACCAAGCGGUUGAAAUGUUUAACAACAAAACUAUCUGCCAGCCGUCUAAAAGACCUGUGAUAUUUUCUUUUCGAGAACAUUAAUGAUGGUUUUUCAGCUGAGGAGAAGCAAUUUCUGAUGCGAAAAUAAACACUUAAAUGCAGAUUGGGAUUUUUACCGCUUUGAACUCGAAGCUUGGCCAUGGGAAAGUCUCUAAACUUCACAGCUGGAAACGAUUCCCAAGGAACAGACAAACUAGGAGAGCACGAUCUUGCUGUUAUAAGUGCUUACGUUUUUAUCGUGGGAGUCGUCGGUUUUAUCGGAAAUUUGUGGGUUUUAAUCGCUUUUUGUCGCUAUAGGACUCUACGAACGACAACAAAUCUAUUUAUCGUUCAUCUUGCUGGCUGCGACUUGAUGUUGGCGGUGAUGAAUGUGGCUUUUUCUUUCCCUUCCACUGUAAAACACCGCUGGCUAUUUGGAGCUGUUGGGUGUGAAACAUUUGGUUUCGUUUACCACUUUUUAAACACAAUGUCUUUCAACACCCUGGCUAUAAUCUCGCUCGACCGCUUCUGGGUAAUCACGAAACCGUCUUUUGGCGCGAAAAUUACCGUGAAACGAGCGUUAUUUUGCGUGGUGUUAACGUACGUGUACACGCUAGUUUUCACGCUGCCAAUCAUUUUUGACUGGAUUGGCUUCCACGAGGAGAUUUACUUCACUGGCUGUUACUUAAAUUUUGAGAACAGUGAGGAACGGACGUUGACAUAUUCCAUCGUGGUGGCGAUAUUUUUAUUUCUGGUGCCGUUUGCAAUCAUGGUCUACUGUUAUUGUUCGAUUUUUGCAUCGGUUCGGAAACGUGGAAAGGGAAACAAUCAUCUAAAAAAAAGCCGUAAAAGGAACUGUAAAUUCACCCUCCCGCAUUGGCGAACUGCUCGAAUGAUUGUUGUUGUAAUUUUUGUGUUUUUAUUGUGUUGGUCCCCUCAUGUCAUCGUGUCUUUGUGUGUAUCGCUCGGAAUCAAAGUUUCGAUUUUAGUGCAAGAAGUUACAUUGCUUCUUGCAAAAUCUGCCAUUAUUUACAAUCCUUUCAUUUACGCUGUACUGAAUCAUCGCUUUAGACACGCCUUUAUCGGGAUGCUGAUUUGCCAGAACCGGAGUCAGGAAAGUAAUGGCGCCGACUGCAGCCGGACGCCAGUCGCCAGUGGUGGACUAGGAUCGAGUUUUAGGAUUCCUCGAGCAAGCGCAUCUGCAAGAACAUUGUCGGAACGGUUAUCCGAGAGAGAGUUGGGCCGAGAGACUGCGGAUCAGUGUAAGCUGAAGAGUAUUAGCUAUAGAAAGAAAAGAUUGACGAUAUGUAGCUCGGGAGAGUUAUCCUGUGCUCAUAAUGGAGCACUGGAACCAAAUGAUGUAGAGGAAACUAUGCGAAAUGCAGUCGUACUCGAAGAAAAAACCAUGAAUAACGAUGCAGAGAGGGGAAAUGCAAGGAACGAUUUGGUCACCGUUGAACAAAAAUAAAUGCAGUGAACUGAAUCUAUAUCAUGAAGAUGAUUUACAGGGAAGAGUUAUGUAGCACUCCAGUCUAGUCUAUAGGAACUGAAUAUUUGACAGUUACGAUGCGGGCACGAGUCUGUGAGAAAAAAAAAUGAUAAAAUGGUAUGCCGAAAGACGAGACAGAAAUACAAUAUUAGACGGUAACUAAUGUGAUUUGAUGUGUGAUGCGUGAAGUGCAAUGUGUCAUGUGGGAUGUGAAAGCGACCACAUUUUAACAUUUUUGACAGAUAAAUGUACAUCGUGCAUUUUAAUCAUUAUCUCUUGAGUCAUUUAAUGUUCAAAAUUGCCGAUAGUCAUCUUUGCCGAUUGAUAUUUUUUUCAACACAAAUAAAUUACUUUCCAACUGCAUUAGCGUCAGUCAACACAGAAUCUAGAGGUCUAAACGCAAAGGAAAUGACUGAUCUUGUUACAAAUCCUUCUCUGUAACAAGCUGCUCGACCACAUUCCAAGUCGUAUUUGUUUUGUAAUGUAUUUUGUAAUAAUAGCGAUUUAAGUCAGUUUGUGUUUUCCGAUGUAAGUACAUCGCAUAGGUGUAGCCGGGAAAUCACUGAGAAAAAAAAAAUA